AUGUCUACCAAAAUCCUUUCACAAGGUGCGCCGACUUUGUUAGCCUGCUUUGGUCUGCAAUCUCUCUGGGCGAUCUGCCACCCGCGUCUGUCGCUGUGUUUGGUAAUGACGUGUAGAUUGUGGAUUCGUUUCUAUAUCUCGGCUCCCAAAUACACUCUAUGUUGUUACGUGGUGCAUAAAAGAUGUCACGAGUUUGUCACUUUUGCAUGUCCUGGAGUCGAUAUAGGACCACAUUCUGAGGGAAGUGUUAAAGGUUUAAAAUGCAUUUGUCAACGUUGUGUUGAUUUGUCUCAAGAUGUUAGUUCUUUGGCUAAGUCAAUGGAUGCGUCUAAAAAUGAAUUUGUUGCUCAAAUAAAUGAAAUAAAUGAUAGUAACAGAAAAAUAAAACUUGAUGUUGAUAGCAUAAAAAUGGUUGUUGACCAUAACCAAUCUAAACUUGAUGAACUUGAUCGUUUUGAUACUGUUUUACGCGAGGAAAUUAAAAUUUUUAAAAACGAAAUAAAAGAAACAUUUUCUAGCAUUGUCAGCAAGGAAGUUAAAUUGAAUGUUGAAGUAAUUAGAAGUGAUGUCAAAUCAAUCCAGAAAACUUUACAAGAAGCUAGUGACGUUAAAGAAAGAGAAACAAAUUUAUUGAUGUUUCGUUUAGCUGAAAGUGAUGAUGAUCGUUCCAAUGUUUUGAAAAUUUUUAAGCAUUUGACAGGAGAUGUUUCUGAAAAAAAUGUAAUCAAAAUAAUGAGACUGGGAAGGAAAUGCGAAACUGUCGUUAGACCCAGUUUGAUAAAAUUAGAUUGCGUUUUACUCAGAGACACAAAAAUGAGAAAUGUAUAUAAAUUCAAGUCGUUAAAAGAAUUUUCACAUGUUGGACUGAACUAUGAUUUAACAAAGGAUCAGAGGCAGAAAUUCAAAUCAUUUGUUGAUAAAGCUAAAGUUAUGGAGCGAGAAGAAAACAAUCAAAAUUUUUUGUUCAGAGUGAGAGGACAGGUAGGGAGAUGGAAGAUUGUAAAAAUACAGAAAAAACCAAUGUUAAUAUAA